UGCACGUCGCGUACCGCGUAUAUCCGAAAACGGAACACCCAUCGAGGUGUCCGCGUCCUCGCUCGGUGGUUUAUUCGGUGUUUGGUUGUUGAGUUUUCUAUUAAAAAGGGAAUACCGUCCGUGUCUGAGGGAUUCUACCGCCGCCCUGAGGAGUUCCUCACGCGAGAAGGGCUCGAUCUCACCGAACAGGCUGAUAGAAUGAUCACCUGAAAAUGACUUCGAGCCGGCAAGAUGGCGUACAGAAUUGCCGAAUACGGCUGAACGAAAUCCUGGCGAUAAUAGUGAGGAAGGAGGGGUGCCAAAGAGAUCCGGGCGACUUCUGGAUGUACGAAAAUGGAUACCUACUCUUUCAGGGCCUUCUCUCUUCGAAUUCCGUAUGCUGGUGGAACAACGCCCUAAACGGAGCCACCCAGAACCUGGUGUACUAUGGAUACGUCAACCCUGGAGCUCUGCUCGUCGGGGCGGAGACCUGCGCCCUGGAGGUAUUGCGGAACGCGUGGGCCAGAAGGGUACUGCAGCCUCCGCCAGGGUAUCAGAUCAUCGCUGUGGAGGACAUCGAGUACUGCAGCGCGACACCCGUCGCGCAGACGCAAUGGACGCCCCUUCCGGAAGCCGUCUGCGCCGUAGUCCUCAAGCUAUCUAGUCAAGGAAGACCUGCGGGCAUCGAGACCAUACGGGAAGCCCUGAUCCUGACGUUCCCGCACGUGUCUCCGCCCGGCGAGCAGGCCAUAUACGACACCCUCGUCCAGCUUACGAAGGAACGGAAGCUGUACAACACCUCCAACGGCUACUACAUCGUGACGCCAGAGAAGAAGAGGUCGCGGAGCCAGUCGCGGACGAAGAGGGAUCCCGACGCUUUGGGCAAAACGAUGCUCAUGUCGACUGAGGAGGCGAUGGCGAUGGUGCACGGCGACAUGGCGACGCUGCGCGACGGCAAUGUCACCCACCAGUGCAUCCAGACCAACUUGGCCGACGUCAUAUGCGGAGGCAACGCGAGCGACAAGAUCCUCUACCCGAGGACCAAGAGGAGGUCGUCUUCGUUCCCUGCUCCCAGAAGCCCCGACCGUCGCGGCUCCUUCAGACUGUGGAACUCGAACCGGCGCCUGCGUCGCUCCGCGUCCACCAGGACGAUCCACAAGCAGCAGCAUUACGUCGACACGAGCAGCAGCACCGAAUACCCAAACAGCGGCGACUCGACGCCGACCCCGAGGAAGGAGUCGCUGCUGUCGCGGCUGUUCAGGCGCUCGAAACGCUCCCAGUGUCACAUAGCGACCUUCGGCGGCCAGUUCCCUCCGACGGAAUGGUUCAACACGAAGACCGUCCACCUGCACAGCGUCGGCACCCAGACAUGUAACGAGAAAGACACCGGGCUGGACAUAGAGGCCUACCUGGAGACCUCGUGCAGAGUGAGCAGCAGGUCUUCCAGUUUGCCGCGUCGCCACAAACGCCAUCCGUCGCUGGACUCUUCCCCGUUGUCCACCCUGCCCAGAAAACCAGGAGUGAGAAGUCGCGACCGGAGCAGAGGACGCCCUCCCAACGCUGAGCACAUCUACGAAUCCCUGAAAGCUAGUCAGCGUUACGAGGAACCUGCUGCCAGCAUAGACAACAGCGGCCCGAGCAGCAUAGAGUCUCAUAAGGGAGGCUCCGCGACGAGCGGACCAUCGAGUCUCGAGUCGCACAAAACGGUGAUCGACGCGAAGGAGCACCAACAGUUUACUGUGCAGGUGACAACGACGACUACGUCCUCGAACCAAGCGGGCAACGCGAAGAUAUUCGUGCAGAACUCGCCGACGGUGAGAUCGGUCAUCACGUUCGACAACGGCCAGGAGGAGAAGCCCAACUUGGUGAUCGUCAACGGAGGAAACGAGACGAAGGAGGAUCCUAAGUCGACGAAGAACACCAACCAAGACACGAUGAACAACCGGAAGAUGUCGCUGCAGUUGCCUACGAGGGACGGGUUGAAUUUUCACAACCUGAUCAAGAACGUGGAGUCGAGCACGAAGAACUCGUACCCGUCGAGCCCCACCAAGAGCUACGACGGCCUCGGGAUGUACCUGAAGAACGACAAGAACAACGCGAUCGGGUCGGAACCGAACAUAUGCUGCAAGGAAAGGGAGCAGAAGCAGGAGUUUCCAAGCAUCGGCGAUCUGUCGUUCAACUUCACUAGCCUGGCCGCGCAGAAGAUCCUGCGCGGAGUUAGCAUAAACAGCGUCGACACGCUGGUCGAGUUGAGCAUGGCCGCCGGUGCCGAGAAGCAGAACAACUGCGACGUCGUCCAUACCGAUUUCGGCAUGUUUUAGGGGGGUGGCUAUUUUUGGCUCGGUUUUAAAAAGAAAGCUUCAUAUGUAAUAUGUAAUAAACAGCUUAACUCUUGAGAAACAGGUCGGUAGAGUUUCAAACAAAAAAAAAAAAAACUGCAGUACCGCCUAGAUAUUUGGCACAUUUGUGCUCGUAUUUUUUAAAAAAUAGGCCAGUGGCUUGCGUAAAAUAAAAAUUAUUCUUACAAUCUCCAGUCGUUUCUAAAGAAAUUAAAUUUUUUGAUAUUUUUCAAUUUGACGUACGGUUCUCGCUUAAAAAAUAAAAACCAUGUCGUUAAUAUGACAGCGUGCGGAGAAACAGACAGGCUCGAAAAAUAUUAAGAGACCAAAUCUGCUUAUAGAUGAAUGCAAACGUCAUUAUUUCUUUUUUAAGGAAAUCAAAUAACAUUUAUGUUAAGAGUAAGUCGUCCCUGCGCUAGUUAAAUCGAGAACCAUUUAUUGUGAAAAAGAAAAUGUCUAUUUAAAACAAAAUAUCUAGUUUUUGGUUACUGUCCUUGAAUGAAUCCAUGUCCAUGAAUAAUAAAAGAUUCUGAUUAAAGAAACGCUACCUACUGUUAAUAAUGUUUAGCAAAAUGGUCUGUUAAUAAAUUAAUAACAACUUUUUUGAAAAAAAAAAGUAUAACGUAGGAACUAGAUAAAAGUGUUAAAAGUGUGUUCCACCUUCAAGAAUACCCAUUUCAGCUCUUUUCCUCAUAUUCUCGCGCACUCUUUGAAGUAUACCUCAAGCCUUUUAUAUUAAAUAUAUAUGAUCCUUCAACUCUUCUGUAGUGUUGACUCCUCCUGCUCCUCCACGUGGCUCACAACCCGGGGUGGGUCUUAGCCGACUUGACGAUGCGCCUCCAUUGUUGUCUGUCGUUCAUUAGGUCUAGUGCGUUAUCGACUUCCAUUAUUUUUAGGUCCUUCUCGAUGUUAUCCCUCCAGCGAAGGCGAGGCCGACCUAGUGGUCUUUUUCCUUCGGGUGCCUCUUCCCAUGCUAGCUUGGCUAUUCGGUUGUCUGGAAGUCUUUUCACAUGUCCGGCCCAUUGUAGCCUUCUCGCUUUUAUUUCGUUGAUGAUAUUGGGGUCUUUGUAUAGUUCAUAUAGCUCCCUGUUCUUGCGUAUACGAUAUCUACCGGUUGUUAUAUCAGUGACCGGCCCAUAGAUUUUUCUCAGUACUCUCCGUUCAAAAACCCUGAUCCGCUCUUCGUUGGCCACUGUAAGUGUCCAAGUCUCGCAUCCAUACAUUAUUACGGGUCUUAUUAUGGUUUUAUAUAUGGAUAGUUUAGUCGUGCGUGUGAGAUUUUUUGAUUUAAGAAGGUCAUGUAGCGUUGAUAAACAUCUAUUACCAGCUUGUAUCAGCGUUUUCUGAGAGUGUUGUUCCUAGAUAUUUGAACUUUUUCACCCGCUCAAAGUUAUAGUCACCCAUUGUGAUGUUUUGUCCUACUCUAUCUCUCCUUUGGUUGUUUCUAGUUGUGUACAUAUAUUUAGUUUUCCCUUCGUUGAUCUUCAAUCCCAUAUUUAGUGCCUGUUUCUCGAAGUUGGUGAAGGUCUCCUUGACGUUAAGUCUACUACUACCAAUCACGUCUACAUCGUCUGCAAAUGCUAGCAGUAGCUUUGGGCCAUUAUUGCGAAACAUUGUCAUUGGAGCCUUUAUCUCCGCUUUUCUAACCACGUAUUCUAAGGAGAUGUUGAAUAGCAAAGGUGAAAUGGCAUCGCCCUGCUUGAGGCCGUUGUUGACUUCAAAAAUAUCUGAGAGUUCUUGCCCGAUCCUGACCUUGUUCUUCGCUCCAUUGAUACAAAUUUGUGUUAGGCGUAUCAGUUUUUUGGGGAAACCGAGUUCCUCCAUAACUUCCCAAAGUUUUACCCUGCAAACGUUAUCGUAAGCUUGUUUGAAGUCCACAAACAGUUGAUGUAAUUCUUUAUUAAAUUCCCAGCACUUCUCCAUUAUUUGCUUAAUGGUGAACACCUGAUCUAUAGUUGACCGGUCUUUUCUGAAUCCACACUGAUAUUCGCCCACUAUUUCGUUGGCGUAUGGCUUAAGUCUGUCGAGGAGUAUGUUGGCUAAGAUUUUAUAUGCGGUUCAGCAAAGCUAUUCCGCGGUAGUUACCACAUAUCAUUCUGUCCCCUUUGUAGUGUGACUGGGGUGCAAUAAACGAGACUUUUGAGAUGCCCCCAUAAGAAAAAGUCCAAACCUAGGGGGCCAUUGCGGGUCUGUCGCGACUUACCAAUCGAUCAUUUAAUGUGUUAUUUAAAUAUUCUCUUAUUAGUGUGCUCUUAUCCUGUGCCAAAUUAAAUAUUGAACUUUCAAAACAUUUAGCGAAAACUGUUUUCGAUGUUUAAGUUCUUCAACUGCAUGGAGUAUUGAAAGAAAUCAAGAAAUUAAACUUGUUUGGGAAUGAUUGGAGAUUGUAACAAUAAUUUGUAUUUUAAGAAACAUCAGUACCCGAAAUACAUAAAUACUUGAUACAUAGCACAUGUGUGGAAAAUUUCAUAAAAAUAUCUAAAGUGAUAUUACAUUACAGAUAUUAAAACAAUAUAUUUUAUUUUUGAAAACUUCACCACCAUGUAUCUCAAAAGUUAAGACCUUCGGGAUAUACAUUCAUAUGAAGUCUUCUUUUUACGAUGGACCCUGUAUUAGCGUGCAAGUCGUGAAACUGCCGUAUCGGACUUCUUUGCAAAAGAGAAUUCCUACGCGUGUCCUUUGUUUCAACAACGUGAUGAGGUUCGGCAUUCUAACCUCACAAAAACGUAGAAUAGUAACGCCACGGACCACCGAACAAAUUUUUAUCGGUCGACUCAUAAAGUGUAUGGGUAAAGUCGGGUAUAUUAUACCACUUAACAUAUUAACAUGGUUUCUGAUUAUUUCUUCAAAUUCAAUGAAAUUCGAAAUGAGAUCUUUUAUCAUAUUUCUAUCAAAAUGCACAAUGCUUUUAUAUCAAACCUUGCAAACGGUUUUUUUUUUAAUUGCCACAGAACAGACAAAACAAAUUAAAAUUAAACACAGAAUUCACAAAUGACGAUUUGGAGAGAAUGCAUAUAUAAUGAAGGCGUAUCCGGCAACGUUCUCUUCUAUGAAAGCGCCAGUCAUUUCAGAAUUUUUUAGGAGAAUCUCUACCACCUGCAAAUUAGCAACGUCAUAUUAACACCCCGUUCUUCGCUAGCAACUGUCCCAACGUUUUUUUUUCCUUUCGUGGAAAUAAUCUUCCGGUUUUUCUUCUGAAGCGUAGGAAACCAGGACUGGUCCUGGUCCUUGUCUAAGUUCUCGAAAAUAUAUGUGAUAUCGAUUCUGGAUAGUAUUGGAUGCAUCUUUAUAUAACUAUAGAACCACGCUUUACCGGUCAUCCCUUUUAUUCUGUUAAAGUGAUGGGGUAGGGCAUUUUUUUUUGCAAACUGGAGCUCUUCGUAUAGCCUUGACGGGGAGGGCAAAAAAUUAUUCUUCCAUUUUCAGAACUUGAUCUACAUCUGUACACAGCAGGUGUCUCUUGCAGAUUUUAUAUUUACUUCUAUCCUCUGACCGCUGCCUAUAUUCGGCAAUAAGUUCGAAAUUAUCUUAUUUAUUCUUUUAAUAAAAAGUGAGGUUAGGAUAAAUUUAACUCACCCGAUAUAUAGCAAAAUUCCUGUAAUUAAGAAAACUAAUAGGCUCUCAGUAGAACAUACUUAAUUCACACCAUAAAGAACGUACUACAUAAACACGUUUUGUGGAAAUAUCAGAACAAUAUACCCGACUUAACCAUAAACAAAAAAUAAAAAAUCAAAAACUUAACCAAAUAUUGGACACAAUAGAUACAAGAAGUGGAAGCAAGAUGAACAAUCUAUAAAAUAGAUUUUUGUUCUUUAAAAUUCGACAAAUGUGAUACGUUCGUUGGCGUUAAAAAGAUUUAUUCAAUUGACACUUUCACAGGCGAUAGCUAAUGAGUGUACUUAAAAAUUGGGCACGUAAUAUCGGCAAUAUUUUAAAUACCAAUAUUUUUGUUGUCGGCCACUGGCUCGGCGAACUUGGGAAAAUAUCCUACGACGUCUUAUGUUAACUUUCCGCCCCGAAAGUGCGCUUUAGGACGCAAUCGUCUCGACAGAAUGGCCGUCGGAUCACCACGUUAUCCCGAAAAGUAACCAAACGUCCGAAACGAAUUACAAAACUGCUUAAAUUGAUAUCCUUAUUGUUUCUUAUUCGACGUAUAUUUGUGUAUAUUUAUUAACGAUACAACAUAACCUAAACUGUAAAAUAACGGAACUCUAUUUUGUAACCUAAUGUUUGUACAGUAUAGAAAUUAGACGCG